AUGAGUCCGGUACUCGAUAAGACGCCCAACCCGUUAUGGGCGCGAGACGCUAUUAGCGAUCUGAAGUCGGCUCCUCAGACAUUUUCGAGCUGGGAUAGCUGUAUGGCAAAGUCUUAUUGCAAAUGGCCUGUUAUCGUUGCUAUCAUCGUCGGCGCCGUUAUCGUCAUUGCGAUUUUGGCCUGUGUCAUUAAUUGUCUCUGCUGUGGUAUUCAAUGCUGCACGGGCUGCUGCAGGUGCUUGUCUUGUUGCUGUCCGUCUGGCCGGAGGAGGGGGAAUAAGUCCAAAUAUCUGGAUGAACAAUCGCCUUACAACAAUCAACCUUACAACCAACCUCCGGCGCCUUCAAACAAUAUCUAUCAACCGUCUCCGGCUCCGCCUGUGUAUCGUGGAGCACAAGUCUCUCGUUAUGACUCUCCCAGUACCGCGCGGUUCGACGCUCCUUCAAGCCCGGCCGCCUCGAAGGUGAAUGAUGAUGCGUUGCCCGCGAUGCCAAGUUGGGACGAUGCUGUGACGAGAAGGGUCGAGGAUAAGAACGCCCAUGUUGAUGAGAUGGAGAUGGAACCUUUGAAUCCUUCGCAGGAACCUCAUCGGAUGCACUCUGGAGCUAGGUCAAACACGCCCGCCUUCAUGGGAGUUCCACCGGUCAGGACGGGUACAUCAUCCAGCUAUUACCCCGAAUCCCGUUAUGAUGCACCAAGCACUUACGGUGCUCACACUCCUGCUCCCGCAUCUCCUGGUCACUCUCCGUAUGACAACCAGCCCUACGCAGACUACAAUCAGCCGCCUCCUUUCCAUGCCAUGUCUCCUGCUAUGUCUCCCGCCCCGGCUGCUUACUCGCCGUAUGACCCCAUGCCAUCUGCUUCACCAGCAGCGGAUAUGUCCCGCCCGGUCCCAUACUGCCAGCCAUCACCAGGCUCUGGUAUGCCAUUCCGUCAACCCUCCCCAGGACCGAACAUGCCUCUCCGUCAACCAUCCCCGGGGCCCAAUUUUCCCUUCCGUCAGCCAUCUCCUGGUCCAGGUGUUCCGUUCCGUCAAGCGUCGCCCGGCCCAAAUGCUCCUUUCCGCCAGCCAUCUCCAGCGGGAUAUGCCCAAUCACCGAUCUACCGGGGCGUUUCUCCUAGUCUCCCCCCUUCAUCUCCCCCUCCACCGUUCACUGCCACUCCCAGUUCUCUCGACAUGCACGUGAAUGAGCCGGCGGGCAGGCCCCCGAGUCUCCUUCAAAGCGGACGAAAGCCCGCAACAAACUUUUAA